ACAACACUGGCCAAUCGGCCGCCGCAAAGGUUUCUCGCGGGAGGACCCGGAUUUCCGUUCCCGCUGGCGUCUCUCUGGUCUCGGCAGCCUAGAAAGACCGAAAGGGCACUUCCGGGAAGAUGGCGGCUCACAAGUCAGGGUUCAUGAAAGGGAAUUCUUAGAAGAGCAGUGAGGAUGGAUGAGGACUGCGUUGGACACCUUCUCCUUUCCUCUUAAGAGGUGAUGUCACCUCUUUGCUGGUGACAGCCUGAGGGACAGAGCUGCUUUGGCACCAUGAGUGCCGCUCCGGAGACCAAGAGUCGUGGGAUGAAGUUUGCUGAAGAGCAGCUGAUGAAGCAUGGAUGGACUCAAGGCAAAGGCCUGGGCCGGAAGGAGAAUGGCAUCACGCAGGCCCUCAGAGUGACGCUGAAGCAGGACACUCAUGGGGUGGGACACGACCCUGCCAAGGAGUUCACCAACCACUGGUGGAAUGAACUCUUCAACAAGACUGCGGCCAACUUGGUAGUGGAAACCGGGCAGGAUGGAGUACAGAUAAGGCGCCUUUCUGAGGAGACCACCCAUGCUAGUCGUCCCAAGCCCAACCUGCUGUAUCAGAAAUUUGUGAAGGUGGCCACGCUGACUUCAGGUGGAGAGAAGCCAGACAAAGACUUGGAGAGCUGUAGUGACGAGGACAACGAGGGGCCCAACCCACCAAGGAUUCUGACUGACGAGAUGCUGCUCCAGGCCUGUGAGGGGCGAACAGCACACAAGGCUGCUCGUCUGGGGAUUACGAUGAAGGCCAAGCUUGCUCGGCUAGAGGCCCAGGAACAGGCCUUCCUGGCUCAACUCAAGGGCCAGAACUCUGGGGGCAAGCUCCCCCAGAAAAAGAAAAAGCAGCCGAAAGAGGAGGAAGAGGCCACAGCAGCGGAAGGUCACGCAGAUGAGCAGCACGCUGACCAGAGCGUCCGGAGGAGCAAAAAGAAAAAGAAAAGACGCCGUGAAGAGGAGGUGUCAGGUGGGGGUGAGGGAGCAGCCGUAGGGGCAGAGGAGGAAGAUGCUGCAGGAGCAAGCGGGCUUGGAGCAGUGCCCAGCAGAGAGCAGACCGACCACAAGAGGAAGAAGAAGAAGAAGAGGCGGCACCACCAGGAGGGGGACGUGGGGGUCUUGGACAGCGGAGGAAGAGGUCCAGAGACGCAGGCGGGGGAGAGCGGAGCACACGCUGACCUGGGCAGCAGAAGCGCGAGGCGGCAGCUCAGGGACGUGCACUCAGAAGAUGGAGAAGCUGAGGAGGCCGGCUCAGCAGGUGGGGCUGGGGAAGCAGAGCGCGGGGUCUGCAGGGACCGCAGACGCAGGAAGCAGAAAAGACAGCAUCGAGGGGAAGAGGAGGUGGCCGUGGAGGUAAGGGGUGAAGAAGAAGGUGGCAGGACUGGGGAAGAGGGCAGGGCACACAGCAGCUCAGGCAGCAGAAGCAAGAAGAGGCGGCGGCAGCACCCAGAGGCGCCUGCUAGGACCAGCCCCGACCAGAGAGCCAAGAAGAAGCGGAAGAAGAGAGACUGAAGCCUGGUCACAGUGGUGUUCAGCUCUAUUCAGUGGCCUCGGACACAGUGGCCUCGGACACUGGGCUCGAGGGCGUGACUCUGCAGCCCCUAAAUGAAGACGGUCCCAAGCGGAAACGCACCCAGGAAUCGCAGUCUGCUGAGCCGAGCAAGCGGGCACCGUCCCCUGCACUGUGCUGACUCAGACGUCAUGGGCUUGGACUCGGGCGCCGGCAGGGCAGGGCGGGCUGGGGGCUGGGACGGGAACGCAGAGCCCGGUAGCGGGACCUCUCUGCUGAGAACAUCGACUUGCCAGACGCGUCCUGGCUUGUGAAUGCUGAUGGAACAGAUUCAGCUCUGGGGCCACCUUCACCCAGAUGGCCGGCUUCCAACAUUCUGCCAAAUGGCUGAAUAAACAUCAGCUCGGGCUCCUGGCCUACAGGUA